AUGACUGCAAGUGAAUCCAGUGAGACUACACGGGAACCGUCACCAUACCGUGGACGGAGAAGAAGCAGCUCAUUCUCAGAUCACAUACAUCAUCUCGACGAAAUCGAAGCCCAAUCCCGGUAUGAAGAAGAGGCAGCGGACCGAGGUCUUGGCGCCCUUCACAACAUCCGUUCUCGGACACGGAGCCGCACAAAUGAAGUCCUCGUCACUUGGGAAGUUGACGAUCCUGAGAAUCCAGUCAAUUGGUCAGAUAAAAUAGUUGUACUAUGUACAUCCGUUCUCGUCAUCAACUCUACCAUGGGCUCUGCCCUUCCAAGUAUGGCCAUCCCUGAUAUAACCAAAGACUUCGGCAUCACCUCAGAAGAACAAAGCGUCUUACCCAUCUCUGUUUACCUUAUCGGCUAUGUAUUAGGCCCGGUUGUCUGGGGCCCUCUUAGCGAACACUAUGGACGAAGGGAUCUAAGUCUGGCCACCUUCUGCCUCUUCACCAUCUUCACUAUGGCGUGUGCUCUGGCUCCGACUUGGCCUGCUCUUUUGAUCUUCCGCUUCUUCUGUGGAGCUUUUGCUAGUUCACCUAUCGCCAUCGUGGCUGGUAUCCUGGCAGAUGUGUAUAAUGAUCCGCGAACAAGAGGCAGAGCGUUUGCUAUUUUCAUGGUGUGUACUACUGGUGGUCCCAUCCUAUCUCCCAUCCUAUCUGGCUUCGCUGGUCCUAAUAUUGGUUGGCGCUGGGUCUUCUGGAUUGCUCUCAUCAUCGCAGGCACUACACUCGUCCUCAUCAUCUUUCUCCCCGAGACAUACGGCCCAAUUCUCCUCUCACGCCGCGCUCGAAAACUCCGCAAGCAGGAUCCUUCAUCUCGUGCCAUUGCCCCUCGAGACCUCGAGACAACAGAUCUAAGACAGCUCCUCACUGUGGUUCUGACUCGCCCUCUUCGCAUGAUCAUAUCUGAGCCCAUCGUGACAACCUCUUGCGCCUAUCUCGCCCUUGUCUACUCCAUCUUCUACAUGUCUUUCCAGGCAUUCCCAAUUAUCUUCCAAGACGUCUAUGGCCUUUCACCCGGUGUUACUGGCCUCGCAUAUCUUCCAAUAUUUGGUGGUGCAGCUCUGACGCUUCCCAUCUUCUGGACAUGGGAUAACACACUUGCUCGUGCUACGGAGCGUAAUGCUCCCUGGGUUCAACGCGAAGAGUAUCGUCGUCUACCUCUAGCCUGUCUCGGUGGUCCGCUCUUCGUCGUCUCCCUUUUCUGGCUCGGCUGGUCUGCCCGUGCAGAGAUUUCCUUCGCAGCCCCUAUGCUUGCUGGUGUCUUGUUUGGAAUGGGCUUCAUGCUGAUUUUCAUGGCCAUACUCAACUACCUCACAGAUGCAUAUGAGAUCUUUGCUGCCUCUGCGAAUGCUGCAUCCUCCACGACACGCUCUCUCUUUGCUGUUGUGCUACCACUUGCCACAAACCCCAUGUUCCGUCAACUCCACAUUAAUGGUGCAUGCUCUCUUCUUGGUGGUCUCAGUGCACUCAUGUGUUUCAUUCCGUUUAUUUUCAUCUGGAAGGGUCCCAGUAUCCGAUCUCGCUCAAAGUUCUGCAUUGCGCUACGUGAGCGAAAGGAGGAAAUGCAGCGGAAAGAGGAGGAAGCGAGAGCUAGAAAGGAGCGUUAUGAGCUAAGAAGCGAAGAAAAGGAGAAAGAGAAGGAAGUCGUUUAA